CAGCCACGAUUGGUCGAGACUCUUGCCAGCCAGCCACGCUCGGUCGAGACUCUUGCCAGCCAGCCACGCUUGGUCGAGACUCUUGGCGAACGGCUCUCCGUUGGUCCGAGAACGCAUUUGCAAAGAAGGCACUGUCUGUAUGCAUGGAGCAUUUCAGAACUGCCAGCUUGGAGUCGGGCUUGUGGUUAGCGGCCGCCAGCUCGCCUUGGAAAGCCACCCAUCGCUGCAUCGUGUUCACUCGCUGAGUCGACUUAUUGCCAGAAGGUCGCUGCUGUUCGGCUGAGCGCCGGUGUACCACCAGACCGGCGGCGUCCGCAGCGCACCCCUCUGCCCUCCAUGGUGCGCGUCCGCCGUCGUCGGCAAUGAAGUCGGCGAAGAGUGACAGCGUGGCGAGCCUGACGGCGGUGCCGGCCCAAUACGCGUCCACGCCGCACCUGUUCGUCUUCCAAGCGAACGAGGAGGCGGCCGUGCUGCACAAGCCGGAGCCCAUCUACCAGUCGGCCGUGGACGUGCGCGCCGGUCGGCUGGCGGCGGCGCGGCGCAUCAGCGAGCGCUACGACUCGUACCGCAGCCUGGCGCGCGACGCUGACGACGACGAGCAGCCGCUGGCCGUCAGCCAGGCUGACGUCGCUCAGGUCGAGUCCUUCUUCGCCGGCCACAAAACGUCGGUGAUCGUCUGCCGGGCGCUGGCCAACAUGUACCUCAGCUCCGAGUCCAACACGUGGGAGCUCAAGUACACCGGCAUCCCGACGCUGGUGUCGGACUCUGGCGAGACGCGCAGCCGCUGCCACCGCCAGCUGCAGCUCGUGCUGGCCGAGAAGGGCACCGGCUUCAUGCUUUGGCGCGACGUGGUGGAUGACCAGUCGGCAUAUGCAGCGCCCGACCCCAGCUUCCAUACCAUGCACCUGUCCAGCGACCAGCGCCAGCGCAUGGGCCUCAGCUUUGACGACAUCGAGGCGGCCAACGCGUUCCGCUCACAGCUGGACGCACUGUGCGCUGGCGCCAAAGGCGACGGCUCGCCGCCGACGCAGAAGAAGCGGAAGAGCAAGCGCGCCGAGCGGCACGCGCGGCCGCGCAAGGAGGACAUCUCGCAGCCCUGCUGCUUUCAGCAUGUGACGAGCGUCAGUCUGCAGGAUAUGGACCGGUUCUACACCCUGCAGAGUCUGGUCGGCAGUCGGGCCACGUGACCGGUGUAAGCACGCGACCGGUUCUACACCCACGCGGGCAUGGGCGGCGGGCGGUCACUUGACUAGCCUGAACGUGGACUGUCUGCGUCAGCAGCUGAGUCACGUGCGCGGGUUAAACACGUGGACAGACGUGAACGUGAUCACACCAAAACGCUGCAGAGCCAGGACGGUCAUAGCGUCAUGUGACCCGUAUCCGGACUUGGGCCCCUUCAGAUCCCUGCACCGUGCGCCGUCGGCAGCAGUCACGUGACCGCAGUGUGAGGCGGGUGAACGUCGGGUGGCGUGAGAAGGCGGGGGUGGCGGCCGGCGACAGGGCGCGUGCCUCGGUGCCGCCGCGGCGCGCGAGACGGCCCGUCAGCGGCCGUCGCGAGGAAACGGCUGCGUGCUGCGCAGCGCCGAGCGUCGUGGCGUUCAAGGGCGCGCCGGCCGGCUGUGAGUGGCUGCCGGCUCGACUAGCUGCGGCAGCUGACCUUGAGGACCGUACCACAAGAGCGGAGGUCACUGGGUAGGACGGCGGCAUCGAGGUAGCCCGGCCGUAUGCGGGUCGCCGGUCGGUGCGGACCAGACGAGUGAUGUCAGGGCCGCAUUUCCCAUCGGCAAAGUGCUACCCCGGUUGUGCUGCCCACAAAGUGCUACCGAAGUGCUACCCACAAAGUGCUACCUGGGUUGGUACCUAUGAAGCCGCGAGCACCCACGUCAUACACAAGCGACUAUCCUCCAAGCCGUAGGAACUGAUGUGACGCACUUACCUCUGACGCCAUGGGUUGCACCAUGUGGACGAUGUUUGGUGAUAGGGAACGCGGCCCAGGUAUCUUUGUUUGGGCAUAUGAAGACUGGUGCGUACACGGUCCGCCCUCAUGACAGCGUGGAGGAAUGGCGACGGCACAGGACGGGAGAAAUACUUACUAGUCAAACGGCA